CGUAAAAUUCACUAUGAAUGAUAUUAUUUUACUUGCCGAUGAACGAUGUGUACGUUGCUCUUUAAAAUAUUGUUUGUUUAUACACUCAGGUCACUCUGAAUGAUGGUAGAGAUGUGACUCUUGAACUGAAAAUGUUUCAGUCCUCUACACAUGAUAAUUUUGAGAAGAUGUGCCGAACUUCUAGAACGGCUUUUUUACAAUGGGCAAAAACACAGGGUCUUUGUGUACAGGAUAUCGGUAGAGUGAAUGGCCAGAACUCAGGAUGCUUGCAGCAAACAAGUAGUGAUGAUGCAUCUCAGGUCAGAAGUCAAAGCAACCAAAUAAAUGAAAAUGAACCAAAGCAGAUAGAGUACAGAGAACUAGAUAUGAAGUUGCUCGGACGGAACGUACUGGUCCCUGUAAGUAAUUUAAUAGAGCCGCCAUUUCAGAGGAAAGUUCGGGAACUGGACCCAGACCACGUGAAAAACUUGGAAAAACAGCUGUUGGAAACACCUCAGCUGUUUUCCGUUCUAAUUGGAAAUGUAUGUUCAGAGAAUAAUGUCAGUAUCGAUAAAAUACAAGAAGAUGGAUUUCCAUUCGUAGAAGUGCUUGGUGGAAACCACACCCGCCAAGCUUUGCAAAAUUUGGCUAAUAAGGAAGGCGUCGUUAGGAAAGUCUGCGUAGAUUUGUAUAAAAAUCUUACGCCAUCUGAGGCUAUAUUUCUUGGACUUAAACACAACUCGAUACAUGAAUGUUCACGACAAACUUCAUUCGUCGAACUUGUGCAACUGUUUAGAAAGCUACUACAGGAGUGUAGAAAGAAUGAAAAAUUACCUAAAAAGUGUUCAUCCAUGUGGAGGGAUCAAGUUGCCUCAAUAAUGUGUGUAAAUAAGCAAAAAUUGAAAAAUUCCUUUAAGACACACCUCCACUGUGCCUCUCUUAGCGACGAAUUAUGGGCAGGAAUAGAAGAGUUUUUCCAGGCGUGGAAAGACAAGAAAAUUCUCAAACAACCGAAAGGAGAUCUAAAACAAACACAUCUCAUCUCCUGGACUAAAUGUGACGAGAAUGUGAAGAAUGAAUUGUUACAUGAUGUUAUCCGCGGUGAUAUUUCAUUUGGGAGGUUUAAGGAUCGAUGUUCAAUAAGGAAAAAGACAACAAAAGAUGCUGAAAAACAGCAAACAAAGAAAAGACAACACAUUGAAGACGAAGAUCUGAAUGCAGACGAAGACAAUGAAAAUGAACAUCAAGAAAUGUUGAACACGGAUGAUGAACCAUCAGUUAGUCCAGGAGCAAGGCUGACAAGUGAUGAUCUAGACCCAAAAGAUGACUACAAACAAGCUCUAGGAAACGUUCGAACAAAAUUGAUGAUAGAAGAGAACAGAAAUGAAGAACUAGAAGCUGAAAAUGCUCAACUUAAGUUAGAACUAGAACAGACAAAAAAGCAGUCCAAAACAUGGGAGGAAAAAUGCCAGACCAUCAAGAAAACGAACGAAGAACUGCAAGGCAAAAUUGUGGAGCUAGAAGAUGCACUAAAGCAUGCACAAGCUGCUGCUGCUAGGGCACGCAAGGCCAGAGAAAUGAAGACUGUUGACGAUUUACCAGAAAAGGAAGGUUUUCAGGGUAGAAAAAGAAAAAUUGGUCCAAAUGAGGAAGAAGAAAGGGAAAAUAUGAUCGAGGACAGAAGAAGAAAACUUAUAACAAACCAGGAUGUAGAAAAGGAGAAUAUGAUUGAGGUGAAUUGUGGAAUGGUGCAGUAUGGAGGUAAUAUUUACUUUGGUAAAUUUGAGACAGAAACAGAAUUUGUUUUCUGUAAGUCACCAGUGAUCAACAUCGACUACAAUGAAAAGUCAAUCACAAUAUCAAGCAAAGAAAAAACGAAACAACUUAACACCAGAGAUUGCCAGAGAGUGAAGAAAGAAGAAGUUGCUCUGAAAUUUAAAGCGAAGUUGAGUUCGAAAGGAAAAAUUGAUAUAGCGUUAAGAGACGAAUAUCUCAGAAGAGUUGUAAAGGGGCACUUGGAGUGGUGACGAUUCUUGAUAGUAAUACAAUGCUUAUAUUGAUAGAUAGUUAGUUGUUUUGAUAAAAGAGAAUACUGUAAAUUCUUAUCCUUUAGUUUUCAAACAGGAUCAAACUCUUUUUUGUUGUGAUCAAUGUGGAAUAUAAAUAUCAAAUCUUCAGCUAUCAUUUUGUUAUUAACAAUUUGUCUCAAAUUAUAGCAAUUUUUUGUUCGAGUGCAGUAAACUGUUAAUCAUACUUUUUGAUCUAGGGGGAAUUUUACCCCAUGGCUUAAGCGAGGGAAUUGUAAUUGCUGUACAUGUGGUGUGUAGAUAUUGCUCUUACUUUUUAUUUUGGGAGGAAAUUUACCCCAAGCCUAAAGAAAGAAAUUUUGCAAUAGCUAUGAAUAUGUUAUGUAGGUAUUGUACUUUUUGAUUUGAGAGGAAAUUUACCAAAAGACUAAAGAGGAAAUUUAUUCCAAGACUAAAGGGUGGAAUUUUGUAUUAAGCAUAUGCUGUAUAUAUAUUAAUCUUACAUUUUGAUUUGGGUAGAAAUUUACCCCAAGACUAAAAGGUGAAAAUUUGUAACUGCUAUACAUAUGUUGUGUAGGUGUUUUUUUUAGUUUUUGAUUUGGGAGGAAAAUUUACCCAAAGGCCAAAUAGUGAAAAUAUGUAACUGCUUAUACUUAUGGUAUGUAUAUAUUAAUCAUAUUUUUUGAUUUGAGGUGAAUUUAGCCAAAGGCUAAAAUAAGGGACUUUGUAAUUGCUAUACAUAUGUUGUGUAGGUGCUUAUCUUACUAUUUGAUUUGGGAGGAAAUUUACCCCAAGUCUAAAUAGCGAAAAUUUAUCAUUGCUAUGCUUAUGGUGUGUAUAAAUUAAUUUUACUUUUUGAUUUGGGAGGAAAAUUUACCCCAGGCUGAAAGGUGAAAAUUUGUAAUUGCUAUACAUAUAUUGAAUGGGUGUUUAUUAGUUUCUGAUUUGAGAGGAAAUUUACCCCAAGUCUAAAUAGUGAAAAUUUGUAAUCGAUAUACUUAUGGUGCGUGCAUAUUAAUCUUGCUUUUUGAUUUGAAGGGGAAUUUAUCCCAAUGCUAAAGAGAGGGACUUUUUAAUUGCAAUACAUAUCUUGUGUUUGUGUUCAUCUUACUUUUUGAUUUAGGAGGAAAUUUAUUCCAAGACUAAAGAGUGGAAUUUUGUAUUUGCUAUACUUAUGGUGUACAUGUAUAUAUAUUACAUUUUGAUAUGGGAGGAAUUUUCCCCUAAGGUUAAAGAAAGGUACUUUGUAAUUGCUUUAAAUUUGUUGUGUAGGUGUUUAUUUUACAUUUUGAUUUGGGAGGAAAUUUUUUCCAAUACCAAAAGGUGAAAAUUUGUAUUUGCUAUAUAUAUGGUGUGAAUAUAUAAAAAUCUUUCUUUUUGAUUUGAGGGGAAAUUUACUCCAAGGCUGAAGAGAGGGAAUUGUAAUUUCUAUACAUAUGUUGUGCAUGUGUUUAUCUUAUUUUUGUAUGUAUUUACGAGUCAAUAAAUUAGUUAACACAGAU